AUGAAGGCGAAAAAGACAAAGACGCAUCGUGAGGAGAACACCAGCACUACCACCACUCACCAUGGCAACAGUGCAUUCUCUUACUUGAGGAACCGGCUAUUUCACGGCACUGGUACAAGCAACAGCAGCAGCAGCAGCAGCAGCAGUAGCAGCAAUGGCAGUAGCAACCAGCCUUCUCAACAACCACCUUUACCCAGCAGACAUGAGACGUGUCAAGAUGCGCCAUCACGAUUAACGGGACAUUCACGUUCCAGCUCACAUCGAUCUUCUCCUUCUGUUGACCUUGCUCAAUUAUCAAACGCUUGGCGAUCAGGCUCUUCAACUGCAGGACGACCCAUAUCUCGAUCAUUUGAAGAACCGCAAUACUGCAUGGAUACCAAUAGUCAGUUGACGACAUCAGAUGCAACGACAAUGGCAACGACGACGACUAGUUUUACAAGGCCUAUGUCCGUUAUGGGAUUGCUUGCACGACAUCAUGAUAGUAGUAGUGGACGACGAGCAGGAGAAGGCAAGUCCGAAAGCAAACGCACGAGCCUCAUUGUGAUCAAGGAAGGCUUCCUCUACAAGAAGGCCGACUUUCGAGCGUUUCACAAAGCUUCCAAACUGGAUCGUAGCUGGAAACCUUAUCGCGUCGUCUUACGAGGUCACAAAUUGUAUCUAUACAAGAUAUCAUCCGAAUCAGCAUUCAAGGCACUCUUCCCAUCAUCAUCAUCAUCACAUCCUCAACAGCAACUCUAUGACUUGCCAUUUUCACCAUCCAGUAGCAGCAUAGCAAGCUCCAUUAUCAAAUCGGUGGGUGACACCAUCACAGACCCAGUCGAAUUAUCAAUAAGCAACAUGGAUCAGCUUGGUGAGCGUGAUGAAUACCUUUAUGGCGCCAUCUUCAAAGAGAUCAAAUCAGCCGGUGAAUCGCAACAUGUCGCUUUAUUGCUUUAUAAGCACGAGGUGGUGAUAUGUGCACGCACAUCAUAUCAACAACAAUGGAAAAUCGAUUCCAGGAUACCAAUUGAUAAGGUGCAACUUGAGCAACGCGUGAUGGAUCCACAGGCAUCAUCUUCAUUUGCAUUACUAUACAAGGAUGAAUUGAGGAUUUUUACAACGCAUGCUGCUGAUGUGCAGACCUCAUGGAUUGAUACGUUGAUGAAGACCAAGGAGAUUUCAUGUGCUGGUGACAAAAAGAGAGACAAUGCACUCUACAACGAAUUGGGACCGCAUCCAGAUUUGCAUAUGGGGGAGGAUCAAAUUGUUCAGGGUGGUACAAUUGAAGCUCUUGUACAUGAAUUGAUAUUUCAGCAAUGCACCGCAUCAGCAUCAGAUACCUUUUUACGAUCAUUUUUAUUGACAUACAACAUGUUCACAACGAGUGCCAUUGUCUUGGAAACAAUGAAAUCCUAUCUACAGCAAACAAUGGAUGAUGGCGAUACUCAAAUCAUGCACAACACCUUCGAGCGUAUUCUUGAUCUAUUCACUGUUUGGUGCAACGUAUUCACUCAGGAUGUGGUGGGAGACGUGGUCGCUGGGAUGAUAUCGAUUCUCGACAUGUUGGAAGGUGCCCUGGUGGAUACGCCUGUUUUGCUGGACAAGACAAAGAUCACACGAGAAUUGAUUCUUGCAACCGUCAAUCGGAAUGGCGAAGCGGGUGAACAAGCCAAUGUUGAAUCAGCAGUAUCUUGGGAUGAUGCAGUGGAAAGCAUUCAAUCCUCACAGCUGGGACGAUCCGAUAUCAAUUUAUCCAACUUAUUGAUUACGGGAUUAACACCAGGACUCUUUCUCAGUAUUCAUCCUCAACGUUUCGCUGAACAACUUUACAUGUUUCAUUUGACACAACACCGAUUACAUCAGGAUGCAUUGAUCAGCUUGUUGACCUAUGUCCCAAGACCACACAUAUCAGCACAAAUUCUUAAUUCGGUGGUAUUCACAGCACCUGCACCUCAUUUCAUAGCCAAGUUGAUACGACAUCAUAUUUUGAUCGACUCUCAGCAUCAUCGACAAGAUGGCAUGGAAGGGAAUAUCAUUGAGGAGAAUAGUACUCUAUUGCGCACACAGCUUUUGGAACAUUGGAUACGAGUGGGCAGCUCACUGCUUGACUUGGGUGAUAUGACAGGAUGGUGUGCAGUGGCAUCAGCGAUUUGUUCGUUAGGCGUGAUACGAUUGAAGGAAUCAUGGAAAUCGGUUGACCGUUCACUGGUUGAGAUGGUGACUCAAGAUUGGGUGAAUCGAUUGAUGGAGUAUGGCUUUUUUACGCAAGAAAUUUGGAUCAGCGGAUGGGAACAUUCUCCAAUUCUAGACAAGUUUACACGUGUCAUGGAUGCUCCUCAACAAUCCAGCAACGACCUUGCAUUUUUCGGCCCUAUACGGCAAUCAGUGGAUCGAUUACGCAAGCAUAUCAAAGAUUGUUAUAAUGAAGGUGGAGUCAACUUUGCAAAGUAUUGGAUGAUCUAUGACGCCGUGCAGACAAGUCUUGAUCAUUGGAAGCGUACGAUGAAGCCAUUACCGGACAAUGGAUAUCCAUUCCAAGUGGUGGGUCCUCUUCAAGCCUUCUUCGAUCAUUCGGUAACCACCUUUAUUUCAGCCCCACACGAUUUCAAGUAUUUGCAUGAAUGCUCGCUAGGAUGUGAGCCACGUAUAUUUGGACAAAGCUUUGAUCGACAUCGCAAAUUUGAUUCCUUGCACGGCACCAAUGUAGCACCACCCUCUUCAUUGACAUUGACUUUUCCUGAAGUCUUGGAAGGCUAUCGUUUAUUUCAGCCUCCUGUGGAGCAUCUUCAACAUGAUACAUCUUCAUCACCACGCACCAAUCUACGCAAAAAGAAUUCGAGUCACAGCGUGAAAUCGGAUUCAGGUGAACAUGGAUCAUCAGUAACCCUUCCUCGCACGCCCACCAGCCUCGUUAGCAUGAGUACAAGUUCCACCGUUGCUACGCGACCACCACCACCAACACAUGGAUUCUCGUAUGAUCAAUCACGACAACAAAAAUUGCCACGUGUCACUCGACGUAAAUUGUUUCGAAGACGCACUUACAGCUUUCCGCCAGGACGUGCAGUGGGUGACACAGCAACGCGAUUUAUGCAGAGUGAUGAUGGUGCGACCAUGGACAAUAGUUAUUUGGAUUCGUUACACAGCAGGACAUGGCUUGGAUCUUUGGUGUCACAAAAGCAUGGAACAUCCACUGCCAAAGCAUUGGUCGAAGCUAUUCAGCACAGAGAAAAGUACAGCGGCGAAUGGUUGAUUGUUGUUGAGAAUGGAAACCUUAUCCUGAAGGCAUCGACUUUAUUACAAUCGGAUGAUUCUGUCACCAAAAAGUCACCAUCACCAUCACUCAAAAAGAGCACAUCAAGUGGAUUUUUGGCAUUGACUGAAAAAGGUAGCUCGGGUAUGCGAUCACGAUCAGGGACGCUUAGCGGUGAUGCACCACGCAAGGAAGAGGAUGUUUUACUAUGGGGCGACAAUCAACAACAAGAAGGGCAAUCGGUUCUUGUCAAUGUCAAGGCAGGGUUACUCGAGUACUUGGUAGAUACGUUGGUGCAUGGUGUAUCAGCGUAUAACAAGGAUAUGCGUGAGCAAUGGCAAUUACCCUCUUUGUUGAAUGGCAACUUGGAAGAGACACCACGCUACUUGACGAUUGAUGAAGAAGAGUAUACCAGCGCCUUUUUCGUUACUUAUCGUAGCUUUUGCUCAUGCGUUCAAUUGUUGGAUCUCAUGCGGAAAAAGUUCACGGGUGCUGUUGCUGCUAGUCGACAAGCGAGACAAGAAAACCGUAAUGCAUUGGAAACGGUGUUUAAGGCUGACAACAACAACAACCAAGACUUUGAUUGGCGCUUCGUUGCAUCAACACAACUACGUGUGACCCAUUUGAUGUUGUAUUGGACCGAAGAGCAUUUCUACGACUUUGUGGAUGAGAUUGAGAUCCUUGGGCAUUUUAGUCGCUUUUUGGAACAGACGCAGGCAGCUAUUGAUGAGUGGACUACACCUUUACGGCAACAGCAACGACAAGGACACUCACCAAAAGAAUCCAAGGAUAUCCAAUCAGCGCUUUCAGUGGCUCACGCUAUUCAUCGACAAUUGAAUGAAUUACGACGACAAUUUAUUCAAAAGAUUCUUUCACCAUGCUAUGAUUUGAAAGCCAUCAGCUAUGAUACAACGUGCAGUAGGAAAGUGGAUGACUUGUAUACCCAGCUGACAACGGGAAUGCAACGCUUCAGUGUAGCCGUGACCCAAAGCAGUCGUCAAUCGCAAGCAUUUUCGCUGAUAAGCAAGCCAUUGGAAGAAUUGGGGAAAGAAACACUUUCAGAUCAACAAUCAGCUUGGACUCUUCUUGAACAAACGGAUCGAUGUGUGCAUCAAUUGUUUGCAUCAGUGACUCUUCAAGAUUGGAUACAGACGUUUGACGUAUUUGAAGCACAAUCGAGCGACUUGUAUGCAUGGUUACCAGCUCAUAAGGCAUCACAAACUCCGCCGCUCUCAUCUUCCUUGUCCUCUGUACGAGAUUGUCCAACUGCACAGCCUAACAGCUAUCACAUUGCAGCCGAGGAUGUAAUGGUAUCAGAUAUAUUUACGGCUAUUGAAGGUGCUCGACGAUCCAUUGUGUCACCAUCAGCUUUCUCAGCAGAUGACUUGUUAUUGGCAUUCCCAAGUUCGAUUCAGUAUCUCUAUUGCAUGCAUUUCAUUAUACGCAGCUUGGUGAUCCAUGAAACGACUGCCAUGGAUAUCGACCUCACAACACGAGUUCAACGUAUCCACAAGUUUUUGCAAAUGCUCAUGAUCAGCAAAGGAGUAACGGAGCAAAUGGCAUUGUUCCCCGAGUUGAGAGACGUGGAUGAUCGUCCAAGACGUGUACCUGGUUUUGUCGAGUAUGCAAUAGCAUCAGCCCUCAUCAGUCCUGAAGUGCGUGUGUUUACCAAGGCAUGGUCACAAGUGAUGCGACAUUAUGGCUUGACGCAGCUAGAUACAUUGGAGAACUUGUUAUCCCAUAUACAGCAACGCAACAAGGUUGAGGAUAUUUAUGAUGAUGACAGCAAUACAAUGCGACUGGUACCAAGCGUUGGAUGGAUCUUUGACAGGAUGAUUGAAUUAUGUGCAGCUGUACCGGAUACGUAUAACCGACAACAACACAUGAUCAAUUUCGACAAGCGGCGAUACGUGUUCCAUUUCCUUCAGCUUGUGAUGAAUUCUCAGAUGGAUCUUGAAGAAGCUGGCAACAAUGAUGCUAGCAGCAAUCUUGCUUUUAUCAUUUCUCCCAAUCAGAAAAAGCCAACUUGGAAGGAGCUUAAGGAUAUGGCAUAUCGUGAGAAUCGAGCUGGAGGUGGAUUAUCAACACGUGCAGGAUCCAAAGGACACUACACUCGAACAACAGUGUUCAACAAAUUGGUCGCUGAGCAGCUGGACAAGCUCAAACGUGAUAUCAAGGAACGUGAUCGAAUUGACAAGGAAUGGCGUGAUUUGCAACAUAAGCUUCAGAAGCGACAAUUGGAACAGCAACGUUAUCUUGAAAAACAAGAACGACGCAACCAACAGAGACAAGGUCAUCACCAUCAUCAUCAUUUGCCCAAAUUCAAUGCACUCUUUCGCAAUCGAAAAACGGGUGGAGGUGGUCAUGCGGAGUCUACAUCAACGACGACAAUGGAUGCUAGUGAAGUGCUUGCAACAGCCAAAGCCUCAACAGUGAUCAAUCUUAUUCAUGCAACGACAUCGGUAGCAAGUGCUUGCACACGACGGGAUCACGUGUUUCGGGUUGUGACAGAGGAAGGAGGACAAUACUUGUUUCAAGGCACGAGUUGGGAUGAGAUGCACGAUUGGAUGCUUCAAAUCAACAAUGCAGCACAUGCAGGAGCUGUAAAACGUCGUAGUGUUCUUGCCGCCGAAUCCGAAGAUAAUCGCAACAGCAGUGGUACAACAGCAGCUCAUCAUUUGACCGAGUGCGAUACCCCAACCUCCGCCUACUACACUCGUCGAUCUGUUUAUGGCAUGGAUUUAUCAACAUUGAUGGCUGAUGGGAAUGUGCCGCUGAUUGCUGAGAAAUGUAUCAACGAGAUUGAAAAACGCGGUCUGGAAGAGGUGGGCAUUUAUCGCAUGGCUGGUACAGGUUCCACUGUUGAACAACUCAAGGCUGCUUUCAAUCGGGAUAUGGCGGCCGUGGACUUGGGUGACCCUGAUUGGGCUGAUGUCAAUGUUAUUGCCGAUGCCUUCAAGCAAUUUAUACGCAGUAUUCCCGGUUCUUUGUUGACACACACAUACUAUGACGAGUUUAUUCAUGCCUCUGCAUCCGAAGAUCAUGAUCAACGGGUUUAUCUCAUUAAACAAGUUUUGAAAAAGUUACCAGAACCCAAUUAUAUCCUUCUCAAGCGACUCAUUCAGCAUUUUGUAAUUGUUACGGACUUUGAAGCGGUCAACCAUAUGUAUGCAACGAAUCUCGCCAUCGUAUUUGGACCCACAUUGCUACAACCAGCACCUGGACCGGCAUCAUUUGCAACAACCAUGUCCAAUCUUGGUCAUCAUCAAACAAUUGUCAAAUACCUCAUACUGCAUUAUCACUACUUGUUUGACGUGGAAAGUGACGAGAUGGAACACGAAGAAGGGGAUGAUGAAGAGCAACAUGGCGAUGUUUCCUCAACAACCACAGCUAACCAACAACUCAAUGAUGGUGAUGGCAAUGACGAUGAUGGAUCCAAGAUAUCAACAGCAAGUAACAUUGGCCGAGAUCAGUGA